AUGUGGAUACUGUAUCAUCUGUCUAUUACUCUCUUAUUAUGCUUCUCGCAUACUGGAGCUAUCGAGUUCCUUCAGGCAAACUCUUUAUCGCCUCGGGCAGAAAAUGCAAUAUUCGAUAAUCAGGGUUGGAAAAAUCUUAGCAGGGAUGUUCUCUCCAAGCCAUAUGAUGGGAGAAAAUUUCCCAAUGGAAUGUGCUUCAUCAUCGAUCCUCUCUACCAUUUAACCUACGGCCAGGGAGCUGCUGGUUCCCCCCUUCUUCGUAGAGCUCUUGCAAAAUUCUUUAACACCUAUUUCCAUCCGCAUCAGCCGGUCAAUGAAAGUGAGAUCAUCAUUGCAUCAGGCGUUACUGCUUUAAUUGACUCAAUCGCAUGGUGCACGUGCCGCGAUAAUGAGAGGAUCGUUGUUCCUCAACCUUUAUAUAACGGCUUUCCGACGGAUAUGCGACUGCGGAGCCAAGGCAAGCUGCUACCUGCGUCUUUUAUGUGGGAUAAUCAGACCUACAGUUUGGACGAGGUAUUCAAUGCGACGGCAAUCACGAAUUCACUGGAACGGACUUGGAAAAAUUAUACAGAGUCAGAAAAUAAGACUACUAUUCGAGAGGCAUUAAUCGCGAUCGCACGCUUCUGCGGUAAACAUAAAAUCCACUUCAUCUCCGACGAGAUCUACGCGAACUCCGUCUUCACCAACCCCCGGAGUAAUGCUACAGGCUUUACUUCGGUUCUUUCCCUUAAUCUGGAUGGCUUUAUCGAUCCCAAGCUCGUCCAUGUCAUGUAUGGAAUGAGCAAGGAUUUUGGAGCAAGCGGGCUUCGACUGGGUGUUCUGCAUUCCCGUAAUGCAGAUUUGAUCCAAGCUGCUUACGGUGUGAACCUUUUCUCCUGGCCCUCCUACCUUGCCCAAGACAUGUGGGGCCGUCUCCUCGAGGACACGAACAAGACGCGUGAUUUCCUCAACGAGAAUAAGCAGCUCCUUGGAAAAGCCUACGGCAUUGUCACUGAGUGGCUUCGGAACAAUAGCAUCGAGUAUUUCGAUCGAGGGUUGGUUUUGCUCUCCUCCCUAGACUCUUCUAAUCGCCCUCGCUGA